CCCUAGCUAUGGCGCUAUGGCGUCGUCUUGUUCUUCGCGCUUCUUCUUGUACGGCGCGGCGAGCGGCCGGUGCGAUUGAGAGGAGCGAUCAGGACUUGCAAUGGCGAUGGAGCGGCGAUCUCCUCUUCUCCAGGAGCUACGCUAGAAAUACGAAGAAAGACGAUGACGAUGACAUUAUCGGCGAUCCUCGCGCACGGCCGAAUGCUCCAAAGGGACCCCGGAUGAACAGAGCCAUCGCCGAUCGCUUCAUUCGCCUUGUCGAUUCAGAAGGUCACAAAGUAGUAACGAGAGAGGAAGCGCUCGGCCUUGCUGAGAAGCAGGGACUAGACUUGGUCGAGGUUGAUCCAUCCAAGGAACCGGUUGUCUGCAAACUUAUGGACUACAAGAAGGAGAAGUACAAGGAAAAAGUCAGGGAGAAAGAACGCAAGAAGACGAAUUUGGAGUCUCGAAGGCUGAGUGACCUGAAAGAGCUUCAAGUGACUUCUAAGAUCGAGGAGAGAGACCUUGAGAUGAAAGCAGACAUGGCAUCGAAACUUAUCCAGCGAGGUCAUCGCUUGAAGUUUGUUGUCAAGCUCCCGAAUAAACCAGUCAAGGACGACGAAGGUCCAGUCAGGUCAGAUCCCAAAGCAUUGAAGCUCAUCGAUCGACUCAUCGAACUGCUUAAGGAUGUAUCAAAGCUGGAACAAGGUCCGCAAUCCGAAAGACAUCGUGCUUGGGCGAUUCUAAGACCACUGCCUUCGACGAGUAAGCAGCAGCAGCAGCAGCAAAAAGGCUCCACUCCCAAGGCCUCUACUAAAGGCCCUGAAAAGCCUGCGUCGUGACUAACCAAAGAGGUAUCAAUGUUUUGAGGGAGCCAUUCCAUUCGAAUCGAGAUGUGUGGUGUUUUACUUUCAAUGCAAUCAUCAGAGACUUGGGGGACUGA